AUGUUCAAAAUCAUCGCCCUCGUUGCCUGCCUGGCCGUUGUUGCCUCUGCCCAGUACUACGGAGGAGAGCACGGAGCGCCAAAGGCCGCUGCCCACCACGACGAGGACUACAACGCCCACCCCAAGUACAAGUUCGAGUACGGCGUCAAGGAUGCCCACACCGGAGACCACAAGACCCAGUGGGAGUCCCGGGACGGAGACGUCGUCAAGGGACAGUACACCCUGGAUGAGGCCGAUGGAACCCACCGCAUCGUGGACUACAAGGCCGAUGACCACAACGGAUUCGAGGCCGUGGUCAAGACCGUCCAUGGACAUCACUAAGUGGUGGAUUUAGGAAUCGGAACCAAACAACCGGAAGAGGCACGCACUAAAAAUACGAGAGAACACUUGACUGC